AUGGAACGCCGCGCAAGGUACGAGACCGACGGCUGCGCGACGCUACCGAACCCGCUCCCUCGCGGCGCGCGCGCGGCGUGGAUCGAAGGCGCGGCGGAGAACACCGCGGCGUUUCAGAGCGCGGGGUACGACUACUCGCGAACGCACGCGUCGUUUCUGUGGAAACUUGACGGCGCCGAGACGUUUUUGAACGGGUGCGAGGAGCGCGAGGUUCGAGGCGGCGCGAUGCGCAUGCGGUCGUGGACGGGCAAGAACUGCGUCGCGGAAGAUCCAAACAACGCGUUCGGUUGUUAUUGGCGGUACGACGCGCAAGCGUUUGAAGGAUGCGGUUGCGUCGUCGCGGCGGCGGCGACGUGCCUGUGCGAUCGUGUCGCCGACGUGACCGUAUCCGAGUACAAGAUCGACACCGUUUCCCUCGACGAGCUCACGUCUCUUUCCACCGGGGACGUUCUGAACACGUGGCGCGUUCUCGCCGUCGUCGGCGGGAUGUUCUUCGGGUCCUUGCUCUUGGCGUCCGCGCUUCACUUGAGAGCGACGCUCGGCAAGCGAAGGCUGCUCAGACGUCUCGUCGACCCCGCGAAAAAUCGCGACUUGGGUUUCGCCGUCGUCCAACGCGUUUGGACGUGGCACAUCGACGUCCAAGAGAUGCAGUUCAUGUUCAACGCCACGCACCGCGCGAACGACGAAGACGCCGUCGCCGCCGCGCUUCUCGCUUCUCACGACGCCAAAGGCGACUACGACGCGGCGGCGGCGUCAAAGUUGGAGACGCGGAGGCGGAUGCUCGAACUCGAACGCGAGGGCGUCGAAGGCGACGCCGCGGCGGCGGACGUCGCGCGCGCGGUCGAACGCCGCGUGGAGGAGUAUAAACGCGGCGCUCGAACGAUCGCGGGGUUGCCCUCGUGCGAUAAGGCGCGUCUCACCAUACGCGGGUGCCCAUACGACCGCGUCGGCGCCGAUACCAUCGCCGUUCCUCGAGGACUUUUCCCGCGCGCGCGCGUUUUUUUUUCUCUUAGCCCAGGAUGCCCCGGUGGGUUUCAAUCCCGACGCACGCACCUCGACGCCUUUCAACUCCGCUUCUGA